CCCGUAUAAAAGGAGCGGCCGGCGAGGUCUGCAGCCUCCCUCGUCUGCUUUACCCGAACAGCCCCUCGCCUCCAAGGGCCAAUCAUUCCCUCUGUGCCUCCUCUCCCUCGCGCCGCCUCUCCCGGGCGCUGAAGCUUCCGCGCCGCGGGCGGCAGGAAUAUGGCGGGGAAGUCCAAGGGUGGGAGGAACAAGGGGAAGGCGCAGGGCGCGAGCCAGGCCGUCUCGGCGGAGCCAGAGGUUCCCGUGACUGAUGAGCCCGAAGUGGUGAAUCCCGAGAAUGGGGUAGUUAGUGAACCCCCUGCCGCGGAUGGUGGUGCUGCCGAUGUUGAGAAAGGGAACGGGGAUGUAGCUGUGGCUGCGCAGUCUGCAAAAAAGCCAGUUGAAGGAGAGCUUCAUUUAUACCCUGUUCCUGUUAAGACACAGUCAGGUGAAAAGCUCGAGCUGCAGCUAAGCCCAGAAGACUCUGUCAUUGAUGUCAAACAAUUUCUCUUGGAUGCUCCUGAAACUUGCUUCUAUACAUGCUACAAUUUGAUAUUGCAUACCAAAGAUGGCUCAAUUCAUCAGUUAGAGGACUACAAUGAAAUAUCUGAGAUUGCAGAUAUAACUUCUGGUGGCUGUUCAUUGGAGAUGGUUGCUGGAAUAUACGAUGAGAGGUCUAUUAGGUUACAUCUCCGACGUGUCAGGGAACUACUAUCUCUCUCUACUCUUCAUGUUUCGUUAUCCACAUCCCUAGCUCUGCAGCAGGACUCUGCUCAGGGCAAAUCUGCAGAUGGUGGGAAAACUGCUAUUCAUGAGCUUGAUGGUUUAAAUUUUUUGGAGGACACUACUGGCGCUCUCACUUAUUUGUUGGCAUCUGCACCAGCAGAGAUAAAAUGCGUAGACAGCAUAACUUCUUCUUCUUUCAAUCCUCCGCCAAGUUAUCGGAGGUUGCAUGGAGACCUCAUUUAUAUUGAUGUUGUGACAUUAGAAGGAAACGAAUACUGCAUUACAGGAAGCUCCAAAUCUUUUUAUGUGAACUGUAGCAGUGGAAGUAUUUUGGAUCCAAGACCUUCAAAACAGGUUCUGGAGGCCAGCACUCUUGUUGGUCUACUACAAAAGAUCAGUGCCAAGUUUAAGAAAGGUUUCCGUGAAGUUUUGGAUCAUAGAGCAUCAGCCCAUCCGUUUGAGAAUGUUCAGUCCUUGCUUCCUGUGACUUCUUGGUUAGGAGCUUAUCCUGUGCCAGAACAUAAAAGGGAUGCUGCCAGGGCUGAAGAUUCUGUUGUCUUGUCAUAUGGCACUGAAUUGAUUGGCAUGCAGAGAGACUGGAAUGAGGAAUUACAGUCCUGCCGGGAGUUUCCUCAUGGCAAUCCUCAAGAAAGGAUACUGCGUGGCAGAGCUCUCUACAAAGUGACAUGUGAUUUUGUUGAUGCUGCUGUAAAAGGGGCAGUCGGUGUCAUUAAUAGAUGCAUACCUCCAAUUAACCCAACCGAUCCAGAAUGUUUUCAUAUGUAUGUUCACAACAAUAUUUUCUUUAGUUUUGCUGUUGACUCCGACUAUGAACACAUUUCAAAGGACCACAAGCCAGACUGUCAAAAUGGGUCCAGCAGAAGCAUUAAAGCUUGCUCCACAGAUGUGGGGGCUAAGCCAGAUAAGAACCAUGUUGAUUCCAAUGCUGUAGCUAACUCAAAACCUGAAGAACUUCACGGUGUCUCGGACAAUAGUUCAGAUGCAUCUGCAGAGGCACAAUUAGCAGAUAGUGAGCAGGCAACCUAUGCUUCUGCAAACAAUGACUUGAAAGGAACUAAGGCUUAUCAAGAAGCUGAUAUUUCUGGGCUUUACAAUCUUGCCAUGGCAAUAAUUGAUUACAGAGGUCACAGGGUUGUAGCUCAGAGCAUCAUACCUGGUAUUCUUCAAGGAGACAAGUCUGAUUCCCUUCUCUAUGGUUCUGUUGAUAAUGGCAAGAAGAUAUCUUGGAAUGAAUCGUUCCAUUCAAAGGUGGUCGAGGCUGCAAAGCGACUCCAUCUGAAGGAGCAUGUGGUUUUGGAUGGUUCUGCCAAUCCUGUAAAAUUAGCUGCUACAGUUGAAUGCAAGGGCAUUGUUGGAAGUGAUGACAGGCAUUACAUUUUGGAUUUGAUGAGAGUGACUCCUCGAGAUUCUAAUUACAUUGGACAGGAGAACCGCUUUUGUGUGUUGAGGCCCGAACUUGUAGCCUCAUUCGUUGAGGCUGAAUCUACAAAGCAAUUCCCUAAGCAGAAAGUUCCAGAUACUCCAGAAGAAUCUAAUGUCCAAGUUGCAAGUACUUCUGAUGCUACGGCUACCUCUGUAGAAGAAGAUGACAAGUCUGAGGAAAGCUCCGCUCCUAGAGCUGCUGAAAAUGACGACUCAAGUGCUGAGAUCCUUUUCAACCCAAAUGUAUUUACAGAGUACAAGCUUGCUGGUAGUCCAGAGGAAAUUGCUGCAGACGAAGAGUUGGUAAAAAAGGCUGGUACAUAUCUUCUAGACAUAGUGAUCCCAAAAUUUGUUCAGGAUCUUUGCUCCCUUAAUGUCUCCCCUACGGACGGACAAACUUUAACUGAUGUACUGCAUCUCCAUGGGAUAAAUGUUAGGUAUCUGGGCAAAAUUGCAGGCAUGAUCAAACAUUUACCGCAUUUAUGGGACUUGUUUUCUGCUGAGAUAAUAGUCAGGUCUGCAAAGCAUGUUAUCAAGGAAAUACUGAGGCAAAGCCCAGAUCAUGAUAUUGGACCAGCUAUUGCUCAUUUCUUAAACUGUUUUGUUGGCAAAGUUUUGGUUGCUUCCACAAAGGGUAGUCUUGGCAGCACACAGUUAAAAACUCAGAAGGGUCAGGAAAAUAGUCAGACUCAUAAAUCUACAAAAGGCCAGAAAUUAAGUCACGGUGCUGCUUCUGCUUCAGGAAAGGGCUUAUCAGCAUAUUUGCAUCUAACCUCUGAUAAAAUUUGGUCUAGCAUUAAGGAAUUCGCAAAACGUAAAUAUCAGUUUGAAGUGCCAGAUGAUGCUAGGGUUGGGGCUAAAAGGGUUGCGGUGCUUCGCAAUCUUUGCCAAAAGGUAGGAAUAACAAUCGCUGCUCGCAAAUAUGAUCUUGAAGCUUCAACUCCAUUCCAACCUUCAGAUAUAUUGAAUCUCCAACCAGUUGUCAAGCAUUCGGUUCCUACCUGUACAGAUGCAAAGAACCUUAUGGAAGCAGGGAAAAUCAGGAUGGCUGAGGGAACACUGAAUGAGGCCUAUGCACUGUUUUCUGAAGCUUUUUCACUGCUUCAGCAGAUAACUGGUCCCAUGCACAAGGAUGCUGCAAAUUGUUGCCGGUACCUUGCUUUGGUUCUCUACCAUGCUGGUGAUACAGCUGGGGCAAUUGUGCAGCAACAUAGAGAACUUAUCAUAAACGAGCGAUGCCUUGGUCUAGAUCACCCUGACACAGCCCACAGUUAUGGUAACAUGGCUUUGUUCUAUCAUGGGCUCAAUCAAACUGAACUCGCACUGCACCACAUGUCCCGCACACUGCUUUUGCUAAGUUUGGCAUCAGGUCCUGAUCACCCAGAUGUUGCAGCAACUCAAAUAAAUGUUGCAAUGAUGUACCAGGAUGCCAACAAUAUGAAUACUGCUCUUAGGUAUCUUCAAGAAGCGCUUAUGAAGAAUGAGCGGCUUCUCGGUCCAGAUCAUAUUCAAACAGCUGUAUGCUAUCAUGCUCUUGCCAUUGCAUUCAGUUGUAUGGGCGCAUACAAGCUUUCAAUUCAGCAUGAAAAGAAGACAUACGAUAUACUGGUAAAGCAAUUAGGGGAUGAUGACUCGCGGACUAAGGACUCAGAAAAUUGGUUGAAUACAUUUAAGGUUCGAGAACAGCAGGUUAAUGCCCAGAAGCAAAAAGGCCAGGCAAAUCCAUCCUCAACUGCUAUUGAUUUCUUGAAGGCAAAUCCUGCAUUUUUACAAGCAAUGAAAGCUGUUGUGACCCAAUCAGGUGAUGGAUCGGCGAAUGUCAACAGAUCACUCAAUGCUGCAGUAAUUGGAGAAGGUGUUCCCCGAGUAAGAGGAGUUGAUGAGCGAGCUGCUCGAGCAACUGCAGAAGCUCGGAAGAAAGCUGCUGCAAGAGGCCUUAACGUGCGUAAUGGACCUGCUACAAGUAAUGCGUCUGAGCUACAUCAGAUUCUCAAUCUGAUCAACUCAGCUGCUUCAGCGUCUGCUACCUCUGCAACUGCAGACGCACAGAAGCCGGCAUCCGAGGGACAGGCGGUGAACAAUGGACCUGCUCCAAACGUCACUACAAGGGAAGCGAAGGAUGCAGAUACUAACGGGCCAUCCGCGAAGUCCGGCGGUAAUGCGCCAGUAGGAUUAGGGACGUCACUGGAGUCGAAGAAGCAGAAGUCAAAGCAGAAAUCAUAGGAAACAGCGGCUAGGAAAGUUGUUUUUUGCCAACAAUUUUGGGCUUCUAGGGUGAUAUGGGUUUUUACCCCCAUAGGAUUGUCACUUCCACAUGGUGGCAAGAGUGAGUUUAUUUAUUCUUGGCUCUUGGCGGGGUUCUUAGGAUGGAUCCAAUAAUCAUUACGAUAAAGGAGAAUGGUUUUGGCAUUGAUAGACCACUGAUAAGAUAAUGCCUAAUCCUUGCAACUAAUAAAUUUGUAGUCAACACCCUGUCAGUGCUUAGGUGUUAAUUUUUUUGUAAGCUAGCUAUAUUAAUUUGUUCAAGAAAAUUGACAAAGAGCCAUCAGGUUAAACCCUUUC